CUUAACUUCACCUUUAAGCUGUCUUCAUUAAAAAUGUGUCUGAUUACAUGUUGGGGCUGCUGCUGACAAGAAUGCGUGCCUUUCCUCAAAAGCACCAAGGAGAUUAAAAGAGACCCUACCGCGCGCAAUACUCGUAAAGCCCAAAAGACGUCAUGCGGGAUCGAGGCGGCGCUAAGCAGACCGGGUCCAUAUGAUUCCACUCACUGCUCAUCACCACACGACUCCUCUGCGCAACAUGGACCCGGCCAAAUCAUCAGCGGAGGACCGGAGCGCGGAGCAGGCGGCGUCUCUGUUCAGGAGCCCGGACCCGGAGAACCAGAGGCGGGCAACGGGCAAGAAGAACAGCCACUGGAAAGUCAUCAUAGCGGUUCUGCUGCUGUGUUUUCUGGUGAUCGUACUGGCUGUGGCUUUCUCUCUGAAGAAAGGAAGCAAAGAUAAGGGAAAAGUUUGGCUCCAGGGCACAUUUGAAGACCUCCAGAUGCCCCAGUGCCCACCUGGGUUCAGCAAACCUCCUCUCAUCCUGGUGUCUCUGGAUGGGUUCAGGGCAGAAUAUCUAAAGGACCACAGCAACCACAUCCCUGUCAUCAACACGCUAAGGAAGUAUGGCACCACGACUCCAUUCCUGCGACCAGUCUAUCCCACCAAGACCUUCCCAAACCACUACAGCAUUGUGACGGGUCUUUAUCCAGAGUCCCAUGGUAUAGUCGACAACAAAAUGUAUGACGUCAAGAGAAACACAUUCUUCAGUCUCAAAACAGAUGAGAAGUUCAAUGCAGAGUGGUACCAGGGGGAACCAGUUUGGCUGACAGCAAUGCGUCACAGUUUAAGAACAGCCACCUUCUUUUGGCCCGGAUCAGAUGUGAACAUCACCGGGGAAUUCCCCACUUUCUACAAGAUGUAUGAUAAAACUAUCAACUUUGAGAAGAGAGUCACAACUGUAUUCGAAUGGCUAAGCUUACCUCAAGGACAAAGACCAGACUUCUUCACUCUGUAUUUGGAAGAACCAGACGCUUCAGGACAUCGUUAUGGUCCAGGAAGCAAAGAGGUGGUAGAAGCACUGGAAAACGUGGACCGGAUCUUGGGCAUGCUGAUGGACGGACUCAAAGAGAAGAACCUGCACAAAUGUGUCAAUCUGAUCGUGAUUUCUGAUCACGGUAUGGAGGAGGCUUCUUGUGAUAAAGCUGCUUUUAUUUCAUCAUUCGUCAAUAACACUGAAGACUUCUCUGUGAUCCAGGGCCCGGCCGCUCGGAUCAGACCUGUGCGGCUGCCUCAGGAGUACUUCACAUUUGACUAUGAAGGCCUCAUCGAGCGUCUGUCGUGCAGGACUCCUGACCAGCCAAUGAGACCCUACCUCAAAGAGCACCUCCCCAAACGGAUGCACUUCGCCAGCCACGAGAGGAUCGAGAGGGGGCACCUGUACAUGAAGGAGGGCUGGCAGGCCGCUAUGAACAGGAAGGAAAUGAAGUACUGCUCUGGAGGGUUCCACGGAUCUGAUAAUCUUUUUACGAACAUGCAGGCGAUUUUCAUUGGCUACGGCCCAGGAUUCAGACACAAGACUGUAGUCCCAACUUUUGAGAAUAUUGAAGUGUACAACCUCAUGUGUGACCUCCUGGGCGUCCGUCCUGCUCCUAACAACGGCACCCACGGGAGUCUGAACCACCUCCUGAAGAAGGCUCUGUUCCAGCCCGUGCACCCCGCCCAGCUGUCACAUGACACGCCAUGUGAUACGUCUGACCCCACCCCCUCAGAUGACCGCCAGUGCUCCUGUGAAAAUGAAACAGCAGAAAUGCACAAAGAGAUGAACACACAACUUCUCAGCAUAGACGCUGCCACCAAAGCCCAGUUGCGGAGAAAGCACCACCCCUUUGGCACUCCUCGCGUGGUGGAGUCUGAGGUGUCCUUCUGCCUGCUCCAUCAGAGGGACUUCCUGAGCGGGUACAGUCAUGACAGACUCAUGCCUCUCUGGGUCUCUUACACCAUACCGCUCCUGGCAAAAGUUGAUCCUCUAAUCAGCCCAUGUGUGCGUGCUGAUGUCCGUAUUAACCCAUCCCAGUCGCAGAUGUGCAGUCGCUAUAGAAACGACCCCAGGCUCACCUUUGGGCUGCUGCACCCACCCAAUCUGAAAACUCAAGGCCCUCAGACUGACUCGCUUCUCACCAGUAACAUGGUCCCGAUGUUUCCUGCUUUUCUGGCCAUAUGGGACUACUUCCAUACCAUCCUGCUCCCGAAAUAUUCCCAGCAUCUGAACGGAGUCAACGUCAUAAGUGGGCCCAUAUUUGACGAAGACUACAAUGGAAAUGUAGAUAAACCUAAACCAGUUGUAGAUUCACAGGCACCAACGCCAACGCACUUUUUCCUGAUCCUGACAAGUUGUGGGAACUCCAGUCUGAGUCCAGGCUCCUGCUCUGGCCCUCUCAGAGUCCAGUCCUUCAUCCUGCCCCAUAGACCCGACUAUAAAGAGAACUGUGCCUUGGAUCAGGUAGAGGUCUGGGCGGAGAAGUGGAUGAAGUUCCACACAGCCAGAGUCCGAGAUAUAGAGCUUCUCACUGGACUGAGCUUUUACCACGACAGAUUAUCAGUGGAAGAGACGCUACAGCUCAAAACAUUUCUACAGACUGCAUAAGAUCACAGCAAUAGUAAUACAGAAAACAGAGACACUCAACCAGCUGUAAUCCAAAGAAGCCAUGUUGGUGUUUAUUUCUUUAUGGACGUUUGUGGACCAAGAGGAGAUUUUUCAACUAAUACUCACAACUUCAGUUAAGAUGUAAUAUGCCGAUUUGUUAAACAACCAACAGGGAGCAGUGUUUUUGCAAAAAGAAAAAAAACAUCUGUUGUUCAUGUUUGUACUGUAGUAUUUGACAGUAUUGAAAAUUCAGGUGAGCCAGGUCGAAACUAUAAGACUAAACCAGGGAUAAACUUAAAUGGAAAACUGUAUCUGUUCAGGACUAAAGAAGAAUCAGGUCUCUCUUUUUUAGUUAUAGAAAUCAAAUGGUUUUUAAGCAAUUCUACGUAUUAUGUCUUCUGCAAUAUCCGUCCAGGUUUGAAAUGUAAAUGUAAAAAGGGGCUAAAGCCAUACAGCGUUUUGUGAUAUUUUGGUGGAAAAAAAUAUGCUGGAAACCAAAGAGGUUCUAAUCAACUGAGAGGUUUCUGAACCAUUACAGAGACAUGUCUUGAAUUGUUUAAUGCUUUGUUUUCCUUCAAAUUAAUUCGUUUUCUAACAACAUAAAAACCCAUAGGAGCCUAGAUGCAUUCUGAAGACUCACCACAAGAUGUCACCAUUCCUCCUAUGUGGUCUGUUAUAUGCAGGAUCCUAAUAAUUUUCUCUUUGUUGAUUUUAAGACGUCGCUGCAAAUGCACAUUCCAUUCUGAUAGUGAUAGUGAUUCUGAUAGUGGCCCCUUAAAUUCCUCACUGUGGGAUUUAUGGGUUGUAUUCAGGAAGACUUAAUUGUGUGAGAUUGAGAGCAAGCUACAGGAGCAGGGACGAAUCUGCUCUUAAAUUCCAAAACAAAUAGAACAUAUCUGUAAUGAAAUAUGUCUUAAAGAGCCCAUUUUACGUUAUUUUCUGAUCUAUUUCACAAUGUUGUUUCCUCAUCAAAGCAUACCUGGCGUUGUGUUUUGUUUCAUUCACAAACCCUAUCGUUCUUUCACAUUGUGAUGUCAUGUGGUAAUACAGGAAUUGCUCCAUUGUGUUUCUUAAUCCCAGGUCUGAAAUCAUCUAAAUUACAAAUGUAUGGCAUGUAAAAUCUUUAAACUGAACAAAAGGUAAAAGGUAGCUGUUAACAUGAAAACUGCAUGUGUGACAUAAAGAAAACACAACUCGAGGUAUGAUUUUGAGGAGGUUACAAAGUGAUAACAUCGCUCAAAGCUCACAAGAGGUAAUUUUUCUUAAUGUAGGACCCUUAAAUAUUUCUAAUUAUAUUUAAUGUUAUGCACACGGAUAAUCAACAUAAAGAUAACAUUAGCAUUAUGUACACUAUGAAUAUUACUGUAUAAACAUAGAGAUUCAUACUGCUGCCUCCUCUCCAUCUCAGAUUUCAUAUUCUGGUCAAAACAUUCCUCUGAUAUCUACCGACAAUGUCCAUCCCAAACACUGCCUCAAAUAUGAAAGACUUUUUACUGUCCUUGUCAGAUCUUCGCAGCGUGUUAAUAAUAAUGCUUUAUGUGUAAAACACCACUGUGUAUGUUUAUAAUCUGUACAUUUCUGGGAAUUUCUUUAAUGUGAUUGAGUGAAAGUAGCCAUUUUAUGACAAUAAUGGUUCAUUUUUAUACAAUUAAUUUGUGUAUUAGCGGGUUGUUGUCGUUCACAUUUUUACAGAUUGUCAGAAAUGGCAGCUAUGAACAUAAAGUUUUUACUAAAAACA